AACAUUUCCUGGUUGGAGCCUUUUUCCCCAACCUCCUCCACUCCUCACUCAGAUAACAUGAGACACACCAUCAUCCUGUUUGCAGGAGCACAUUGAUUUUACAGAGGGCCUUUUGAAAUAUACUAAUCAUGAUUUUCCAUGCACUUUUUGAAUAUAUGGACUUUACUGGUUGGCUGUUGUUGAGCUUUGUAGUGUUACUCCUGACAGAAGUGGUCAGAAACUGGAGGCCACACAGCUUUCCACCUGGACCCUGGGCUGUGCCUUUUCUUGGAAAUGUCUUCACAGGAGUUGAUUUCAAAACAAUGGAAAAGCUUUCUCAGGAGUACGGUCCAGUGUUCAGCUUGAGGAGAGGCAGUGAAAGGAUGGUGUUUGUUUCAGGAUACAAGAUGGUCAAAGAGGCUCUUGUUAACCAGCUAGACAGCUUUGCUGAUCGACCUAUUGUUCCUCUCUUCCAUGUUGUCUUCAAGGGGCUUGGCAUAGGUUUGAGCAAUGGUUACCUGUGGAAGAAGCAGAGGAAGUUUGCCAACACUCACCUGCGUUACUUUGGAGAGGGCCAGAGGUCACUGGAAAAAUACAUUCAAGAAGAAAGCAACUUCCUCUGUGAAGCCUUUAAAGAGGAACAAGGAAGACCAUUCAACCCCCACUACCUCAUAACAAAUGCAGUGGGUAACGUCAUCUCGUCUGUGCUCUUCGGACAUCGCUUUGAAUACAGUGAUCAAAGCUUUCAGAAUUUUCUGGAGUUGGACAAUGAGGCCAUUGUGCUCGCUGGCUCUGCUCAGACUCAGCUGUAUGAUGCCUUCCCGGGCUUGCUGAAGUACCUGCCAGGACCUCACCAGACUGUACAUGCCAACUACAAGGAGAUCAUGAUUUUCCUGAAAAAGGAAGUAGAGAAGCACAAGGAGGAGUGGAACCCUGAUGACCCUCGUGAUUAUAUUGAUGCAUACCUGUCAGAAAUGAAGAAGAAAAAAGAGGAUCCCCAUGCUGGCUUCAACAUGGAAACCCUGCUGGUAUGCAUCCUCGACCUGAUGGAGGCUGGUACAGAAACUUCUUCCACCACUUUACGCUGGGCCCUCGUAUACAUGAUGCACUACCCAGAAAUACAGGAAAAAGUCCAGGCAGAGAUAGACAGAGUAAUCGGACAGUCUCGUCAGCCCACCAUGGCCGACAGACCCAACCUGCCUUACACUGAUGCUGUCAUCCAUGAGAUUCAAAGGAUGGGAAAUAUUGUUCCCCUGGGGUUCCCCAAAAUGGCCAGUAAAGAUGCUACCCUUGGAGGAUACUUAAUACCCAAAGGCACAGCUAUAAGUACAAUCCUUUCAUCUGUGCUGUUUGAUAAGAAUGAGUGGGCGACCCCAGAUAUCUUCAAUCCAGAGCAUUUCUUGGAUUCAGAGGGCCAGUUCCGCAGAAGAGACGCCUUCUUACCGUUUUCAACAGGUAAACGUAUGUGUUUAGGGGAGCACCUGGCCAGAAUGGAGCUGUUUCUUUUCUUUACAUCUCUCUUCCAACACUUCACCUUCUCUCCUGUUCCUGGAGAAAUGCCCAGCUUGGAAGGUGUACUGGGCUUCACCCAUUCCCCUGAGGAGUUCAGGGUGCUAGCUAUGCCUCGCUGCUACAACUCUGAGUCAUGCCACAUGCAGAAGUUUUCGGAUGACACUGCAAUUGUUGGGUGUAUCAGGGAUGGACAGGAGGACGAGUACAGGAACCCGGUGGAUGACUUUGUGCAAUGGUGCAGGCUCAACCAUCUGCAGCUGAAUGCAACAAAGACCAAGGAGUUGGUGGUGGAUUUCAGGAGAUUUAAGCCACGUAUGCCACUAGUCUCCAUUGAAAGGGUCAAUGUGGAGGUGGUCGGCACAUAUAAGUAUCUGGGGGUACACAUGGACAACAAACUGGACUGGUCAACCAACACGGAUGCGCUGUAUCGGAAAGGGCAGAAACUCCCUUUAACAAUGUGGCUUUAUCAUUUUUUGCUGGGUUUUGACCUGAAAGGGCUUUUCCUGUUUAUUUUUAUUUCUAUCCUAAUGGCAGACUUCCUCAAAUUCAGGAAUCCUCCAAAUUAUCCUCCAGGACCUCUGGCUCUUCCCCUUGUGGGAAAUGUCUUCAGUGUAGACAGGAAACAUCCACAAAUUUAUUUUACUAAGCUAGCUGACAUCUAUGGGAAUGUGUUCAGUGUCCGCCUUGGCGGUGAGAAGAUGGUGUUUGUGUCUGGGUACAAGAUGGUGAAGGAAGCCAUAGUGACACAAGCUGAGAAUUUUGUGGAUCGACCAUACAGUGCAAUGGUUGACAGGUUAUAUUCAGGAGACUCAGGUGGUCUGUUCUCAAGCAAUGGUGAAACAUGGAAGAGACAGCGACGCUUUGCCUUGUCUACCUUACGUAGCUUUGGCCUGGGCAAAGGUACCAUGGAGCAGAGUAUCUGUGAGGAGAUCCGACAUCUGCAGAAGGAGAUAGAGAAGGAGAAAGGUGAACCUUUCAAUCCAGCAGGCUUCUUCAACAAUGCUGUGUCCAACAUCAUUUGCCAGCUGGUGUUUGGGAAACGGUAUGACUACAACGACCACAACUUCCAGACCAUGCUGAAGUAUAUGUCUGAAUCUGUUAGGCUGGAGGGCUCUGUAUGGGCUACGCUGUAUGAGUCAUUCCCUGGAGUGAUGAAGCACUUGCCAGGUCCUCACAACAAAAUAUUCAGCUACAACUACGCCAUCCUAGAUUGGAUCAGUCAGGAGAUAAAGAGUCAUAAGAAGGACCUGGACCACAGCGAUCCCAGGGACUACAUUGAUGCUUUCCUCAUUGAAAUGGAGAAUCACAAAGAGACUGGUCUGGGGUUCACUGAGACCAAUCUGGCCAUGUGCACUCUGGAUUUAUUCGUGGCUGGAUCAGAGACAACCUUCACUACUUUGCUGUGGGCUUUGGUUUUCCUCAUCAAAAACCCUGAUAUUCAGAACAAAGUCCAGGCAGAGAUAGACAGAGUGAUCGGACAGACCCGACUGCCCAGAAUGGCAGACAGACCUAACCUGCCCUACACCGACGCUGUCAUCCACGAGAUCCAGAGGAUGGGAAACAUUGUUCCUCUCAAUGGACUUAGAAUGGCUGCCAAGGACACAACACUGGGUGGUUACAUCAUACCCAAGGGUACGUCCUUGUUGCCCAACUUGACCUCUGUGCUGUUUGACAAGACUGAAUGGGAGACGCCAGACACCUUCAACCCUGGACACUUCCUAGAUGUUGAGGGAAAGUUUGUGAAAAGAGAUGCUUUCCUGCCUUUCUCUGCAGGGAAACGCGUGUGUCUCGGAGAAGGCCUCGCCAAAAUGGAGCUGUUCCUGUUUUUGGUCGGUUUACUACAGAAGUUCUCUUUCUCCGUUCCUGAUGGAGUAGAGUUAAGUACAGAAGGAGUUACUGGAGUUACACGUGUACCACACUCCUUCAAUGUUUACACCAAGGCUCGCUGAAUUAUACCAUAUCUCACUGAAUCAUUUUUCAUCUACACAACAUGUAACAAACAUACUGUAGAAUGUAAAAAUAAUGGAUGGAGCUUCCAAGUCUGAAAAGUGAAGCUAAUGCAGAGUUGCCCUAAACCUGCAUUCUAUUUAAGUUCCAGCAGGGGGGGGGGGGGCAGCACUGGUUGCAAAAAGAAGCCGGCUUGCAUAGAGAAGUCUUUUUCAAUACAGUAUGAUGUUAAUUUAGUAAAUUUUAGUCCCAUUUAUUUUUAAGAAAAGACGAUAAAGAAGGUCAUGUGUAGGGUGUGGCUAAACGCCACCUGUCAAUCAUAAUAGAGGCUUAGCAAGGUGUAUCCAUGGCAAACUUGUUUUUGGGUGCUGUUUUCUCUCUAUGUAUUUUUACUUCUUGGAACAUUUUGGUCGCCUAAAAAUGUCUUGUUCAGUGUUCAGUAGCACCAAAGC